AUGGAAGGGCCAACCGUCGCAGCCGUCGUGAAUGGUGACCACUAUCACUUCGCUGGUCGAGAACCACUUACGCCCCCUAAUUCUCAGAAUACCCCGUCACCGGUUCCUUCCCCUACGAUUCGAAAGAAUGUUCGAGAUGGAAUCCCGCCGAGACAGAACAACAGUUCCUCCGAGUCCGGUAACACACCACUUCGACAAGACGAGGGUCUAAGCAGCGGUCUUGAAACACAAAAUGGAGUUGAGGACACCACCACUGGGCUUGUCGACGUGGACUAUGUUCAUGUGGUGGGAGGUACAACAUCUACAAACACGUUGCUGAACGGCGUAUCAGAAGACCCAGCUUGUUCCCUCCCUCCAGCUGUGGAGUUGGGUCAAUUGGCUCUGGAGCAUAUCGCAGAACAUCCAAAUGGAUUGGGAGUCGAACAAAAUGGAGGAAUCGUGUACAAGUCAUCGCCAGAUAAAUCUCACAGCCCGACGACUGCCGUGGACUCUCUUCCUGUCCGUCUUGAUGAUUCACAACCACCGCCACCGGUCUCCAACGAUGAGCUAAGCCCUCACACCGCCCUACCCGUCGCCGACCAACUCCCUGAGUCCCCCAAUGAAGAUGUCUUGAUUUCUACUCCAAAGGCAGAACCAAGCACGCUGAGGCAAUCUGACACUGCGGGGACAAGACGAAGUCGUAACCUCACAAUCGAGACCAGUAACCAACUGUUGCAAUCUACAGGCAGUCCUUCACCCAGACCCUACCCCCCACAAAGAGCCCUAUCCACUCCCGGCUCCAUCAAGAGCCCUCUGUCUCCUCAGAGGCACGAUAGAAUCGGCCCACGACCAACUCUGAAGAUACCUGAGACAGGCGUAAAGGUUGAUGGAACUGGAGGAAGAAGACAUUCGUCUUCAGGCAGACCUCUCCCGUCCCCUAUGCCGGCGUCAAUUCCGUUGCCGCCCUUGUCAAUCCCGACUUAUCUCCAACUUGAACUGUCCUCACAACGACCCUCCCAACUGUACAUCCACCGGUCCGCUAACAGCGACUUUCCAUAUGAGUCUUCGCGGGUCAAGAUCGAGAGACUGACGAACUUCUUGCUGCUGCCCAUGUACCUCGAGAGUGUCCUUUGGUUCGGGACUCUUGCAUGUCUCGAUUCAUGGCUUUAUACUUUCACGAUUCUACCGCUCAGACUCCUCAAAUCGUUUUACAUUCUGGCCAAAUCGUGGUGCAUUAACCUCAUGAGUGAAGUGCAUUUUGUCUUCAAUUUUGUGUACAACGGAACUGGACGAAUGUGGAAAAGACGCAGGAGCAGUCUCGUAUCCGCUCCUACGCGGAAACCCUCGGCUUCUGACGUCGGCGAAGGCAAACCUGCCCAGCCUGUUGCAGCACAAAAUCGCAGGCAGGUGAAACAGCAUCAGAGAACAAAGUCGGUGCCGUCGGCGUUGCUUCCCGAUGAUAAAGCGGACAUGCUCAAAGGGCUCCUGAUCAUUUGCACAUGUAUCAUCCUUCUUAGGCUUGAUGCUAGCCGGAUGUACCAUUGGAUUCGCGGUCAAGCCGCCAUCAAGCUAUAUGUCAUUUACAAUCUUCUGGAGGUCUGUGACAGGCUCUUCUCCGCAAUAGGACAGGACGUCCUCGAAUGCCUAUUUUCCAAGGAAGCGCUCGAACGCAAGCCAGAUGGCCACAGCAAGAUUCUACGGCCGUUCUGGUUGUUCGUCCUGGCACUCAUCUAUACCGUCAUCCAUUCUACGGCCCUGUUCUACCAAGUCAUCACGCUCAACGUGGCUGUCAACUCAUAUUCGAACGCCCUCAUCACACUGCUGUUGUCAAACCAGUUUGUGGAGAUCAAAUCCACCGUCUUCAAAAAGUUUGAGAAGGAGAACCUUUUUCAGUUGACUUGUGCCGACGUGGUCGAACGCUUCCAACUUUGGCACAUGCUGGUCAUUAUUGCAUCCCGCAACAUCGUGGAAACCGGAGGAUUAAGUGCAGGAUUAAGCGUUUUUACCAGAGCAUCGACUGCAACAGCGGCGUCUCCAUUGACUACGAAUAGCAGCAUUCUAUUUACCAGCGCUCUUCCUCCGAGAUCGGUGAGCUCGAUCCUUCCGAAAUCAUUUACUCUGUUACCGGCAGCGGUCAACACGAUAACAUCGUACGCGCCAGCUGUCAGUCAGGUGCUCGGCCCGUUUCUGGCAGUGCUCGGUUCUGAAAUGUUGGUCGAUUGGCUCAAACACGCCUACAUCAACAAGUUUAACAACACCCGUCCUGCAAUAUACGACCGAUUUCUGGACGUUUUGGCAAAGGACUAUUACACAAACGCUUUCGGCGACCAAAACCUCACCAAGCGGUUGGGUUUGCCGGUCAUCCCGUUGAGCUGCCUCUUGAUCCGAGCCACCGUUCAAACAUAUCAGAUGUUCAUGGCAGCCUGGGUCCCGUCAAGUUCGCCGAGUUCAUCGACCAGCCUGGCCAGCAUCCACGAGCAUUACUCUGCGGCCCGCUCAAACAUGCCGAUGACCACCAGCACGGCGAUCUCCAAAACGGUCGACGACAUCAUCCGAGCCAUUCCUGCGGCCAUCACCAGCUCCAGCGUCGUGACCCACAUGACGACCAUCCUUCUAUUCCUUCUGUUCUUCUUAAUCCUGCUGGCGUGCAAGCUCGUGUUGGGGAUGCUUCUCCUCGCCUUUGCGAGAUCCCGCUACCGGUCGAUGAAGCUGCGCGAGAGAAACCCCAUUUACCACGUUGACGGCGGUCGGCGCGUCGGAGGCUGGGGUGUCGUCGAGGUCGACGACGACAAACGCCGGUGGAUCUACGAGGACGACCCCGCCGGCCUUAAAGCCCUGCGCGAGAGGGAGGAAAGGGACAAGAAGAACAAGGAAAAGGGCACCGGGGUCGAGAGUUUUGACAAAGUCAGACGAUACGAGAUGGUGGCCAAGAGGAUAUGGUAG